AUGCAAACGGAAGCGAGCGAAUCACCCCCAGCCUCGUCUACGAGCCCAGAUGAAGUCCCACCUGUCAUCGAGCACGAAACCGGGAAAUUACUGUUCAACACCGAGGCACACAACAGCACUUUCCAAGCGGAUCUCAAGGCAAUUAACAAACAGCACCGAGAUGUCUAUAACCGACUGCAUUCAAUUUCCGAAGAUUCUGAAUUCGUGACCCAAGUGGUGAACCGAUAUCGACCCUUACCUGUGAUCGCAAACCUAAGAUGUGGGGCAUGGUACAUUGACCCAUCCAACACCACAGUAGAUUGUACCGCUUAUUUUAAAUCAACUGAUGGCCAUGAUGGUCAGUGGCAAUUUUCUCUACGAAGGUCGAACCUUCAGUUACUCCAUGUGAUCAUCUCUUCCGGUGGAGCUAUCCUCGUGGACUCUACUCGGCGUGGUAAGAGGUACCCCGAUGCACUGUCUAAAACGGUACCAUUAUGGUGCGCUGUGCUCAAUGCGGGACGUGCAAAACUACUUGACCGUCACCCGAUCGCUCCAAAGUUGCAGUCCGCCUGGCAGCGACACAUGUCCUCGACUGGUCUUACUACGCCCGUCAAUGCUGUUCGAAGUAGUGAACAUGAUCAAAUUCAACGGUUGGUUGAUGGUUGGGCGGACCAACUCCUCGCCUCUUCUUUCAACAUCGAGGACACCCUCGCCCAGCUAGAUCGACCUCUCAAACCCAUCUGGGUCUCACCUGCAAGUGAUCUUGGUAAAGAUUCAAUGGAAGAUUCAAAUGCACUCGACUUUUAUCCUGUGAUUUGCCUAAGUGCCAGUAAGUACCUGGGUGAUCAUGCAUCCCUUGAUCGAGCGGGUGGAUUCGAUUACAUCCAAGGAGCUGGUGACGAUCACGAAGGAUGGUCGAGAGGAUUAACGCCCAAAUUGUUUUGGGAGAACCGCCUUCAACUCUUGUCAGCAAAUCGCCCUGAGCUGGACUCUUUAAUAGAUCGGAUUGUUUCAUCAUCGCUGGAUAACACAUCCUCUAACUUCAAGCGCGUUGAAGUUUUCGAAGUUCGGGCAACCAAACUGUUUAUCUGUCUGCCGAACGACUUGGAUAACAAUCGACCCACAGAGGACGAGCUUGAUGUCAUCAUUUCUGGUGGUAACUCGAUCGAACUGAAGUGCAAGAAGUACAAAUUAGAAAAUACGGUCGCUGUUAGUAAAAGCCGGGCGAUGAAGAACUUCUCAACGGCCUUGUCAAGCGUUUUGCCAGACUGUACGCAAAUGAUGAGAGAACGCAAAGCCGUCCGGCUCACUGCCAUUGGUCCCAAUUUGAACGAAUCGAAAGAGAUGAUGGUUGCCAUCGGAUUAUGCUUACUAGUUAACGUUUUCGAUGAUCAAGGUCUACAUCGCAAGGAGGCCCCACAACGAAUUGAAAAAGUCGAUGUUCGUCACAGGUUGCAUUGGAUGAUUGAGGCCUCGAAGGGGACUAUAAAUCCGCCGAGAUCGAUCCUGAAGAGAGUUAACAAUUACCUCAUUGGGUGA